GUGCUUCUGGCCGUAACUUACGUGGCUCUGGUUUUGGCCAAGCCGGCGACGCAGACGCCUCGCCUGCUCAUCGAUUCAGCACCCUCGGUGGUCUCGUACCAGGGUUCCUCGCAGGCCCAGACCCGCUUCGUCAUCGCGCCCAUGGGCCGGGCAUUGGGCUACGUGGAGCCCACCAACCUCAAUCGAACCUUCCACACGAAGGCAACGCAGGAGGGCGGCGCCACCGGCUACGAGCAGCUCAAUCUGAGUCCGGUCUACGUGCCGAGUAGCUAGGCAUUGGAAUCGCAUAGUUUUAGUUAGUUAAAUGUGUAAAUAAA